UUUACAAGCGAGGGCAUGAAGAACGUGUCGUUAAAAGGCAACUCUUUAGUCUUGACGGACGAGGCCGCCCUGACACCCAACCUCCGCAAAACCUCCCACCGUGCUCAUGCUUUGCAAUCUUUCCCCUCCCACAAACCCCUCUUGAAUCCUCCAUCAAUCAAUCCCCAGCGCCCCAGCAAGAGCAACUAUCCCAUGUCCCAUCCCAUGGCGGAAGAGGAAGAAGGCAAGAUGGCGAAGCAGCUUGGAGGCGGAGCGGCGUCGGCGGAAUGGGGGAGCCGCGGCGAGAUUUCCGUCAAGAUAGACUCCCGAGUUCUCCUCUGCAGGAUCUGCUCCCAGCCCCUCAAGCCGCCUAUCUUCAAGUGCGAGGCUGGGCACGUUUUGUGUUCUCGGUGCCUGGAAAAGCUCCACGAGGUUGGGUACGUGUUGAAGUUGGGCGUCUUUUGUGUUCUCUGUUGCAAAAACACUAGCUAUUGUCGCUGCAUUGAAAUUGAGGAAUUCAUCGAUGCCGUCAAAGUGCCGUGUUCCAACAAAAUAUAUGGCUGCAGUGAGUUCAUCAAGUACUUCCAGAAGGAGAAGCAUGAAAGUGGAUGUACACAUGCACCAUGCUACUGCCCAGAGAAUGGCUGCACUUUCGUACGGCCAACUGGUUCUCUUCUGAACCACUUUGUCGACGUGCAUGGAUGGUCACCGACCUACUUCCGUUACAACAAACCGCUCAAGAUCUCCAUGGCACUAGACUGCCGGUUUACGCUGCUCCUCGGGGAAGACCAAUCCAUGUUCCUCCUAACCAACACUCUGACCGACAUCGGCCAUGCUCUCACGGUGGUCUGUGUCAGGCCUCACCAAUCUGAACCGAGCUAUUCAUGCAACAUCUCGUCUACCUGCAGUGUUUCUGGUAGCAAAGCCGAAGGGAGGCUUGUGUUCCAGAAGGAUCCUCUUGUAUCAAGCAGCUCGCUGUUGGCUGGGGUCCAGAUGGGCAAGUUCUUCCUGCUGGUUCCUCCGGAACUCGUUGAUGAAUCAUCUGGUGAACUCAUCAUUCACAUUCGUAUCGACAGGCUGGCAUAGAGAUUUCACAAGAAGCUAUGGUCAGACACUUUUUGGUCGCGUAUAUGGGUUCCCUGCAACUAACAUGAGUGCACAAGGAGAAAAGCUGUUGUUGUAUGCUGUUUCAUUACCAUGUAACUGAAGGAAGUAGGCCGAGCUUGAAAAACAAUUGUUUUGUUAUGUAGCUGUUUUCGACUUGUCGCUUGUCACAGUAGAAGUUGGCCUAAUUCUAAAGUCUAAACCCAUGAGUUUCACAAAUGGGUGCUGGUUAUGCAAAAUAGCUUUGGUUGUACUGUACCAAUUGAGCAGUAUGUUGCAACUUCAUAUUAUAUGUAUCAAGUAUGAUUAGUUAGUAAGAUGAAUAUCUUUGGUACUA